AUGGGGACGCCCGAAACAUGUGCUCUUGCUCAGGGUAGCGUAUAUCAGUUGCCCGGCCAUAACGCGAACCCUGGUGUCAUGUACACCAUCGGACAGGGUCAUACGCUAAUAUACUCAUCGCUGCCAGCCAGCACAGUUGUUAGUCCUGAAAAUCAUACAGGUAACUUCAACCAGGGUAACAAUACUAGCGUGUACGCAGAACACAACAAUCCCAGCGUUUAUGCACAGGGCAAAAUGACCAUGGGCCACGGCAACCCGGAAGGCCAAAAUCAGUUGGCAAACUUAAACCAGGUAAUCAAUUCGGGUGUUUUCACACACAGCAACACCAUCGGAUCCGGACACAUUACCGGACAAUCGGGUUCAGUGAUCCUGGCAAACCCAGGCAACGGUUGCAUCCCAAUCAGCAACACAAACAACGUGGGCCACAGCAACCCGGAGGGCCAACUGAUCUUCAACCAGGGCAACACCAACGCCCCGGGAAAUACCCUUGGAAACACCAUUGCUUCCGGAUAUAUCACUGGUAGACAGUCUUCCGUGAAUUCGGGCCACGUCUCCAUGCCGGGACACAGAUCAAAUAACAUGUUUAGAACUAACCCGGUUAGCCUUGUCAUGCGUGCAAUCAAUGGAGCAAACACCCUGGCAAAUGCGAACCCGGGCAACAACAACAAUCCAAGCAACCAAUUGGAUUCCAAACCGGUUUGUUCCAAGGCCAAAAAUUGCCAGGGAAUACCGGCAACAAAAGAACAGAAGAAAGAUAGCUCGAACUCUUCGGAUGAGGAGGCACAGCUUAAAAUAUAG